AUGUCCACCCCCUCGCUCCCCGCCAAAUCCCCAUCCCCGGCCUCCCCCACCCGCUCCCACUCCCCACCACCAGCAGAAGCAGCACCACCCCCACCAGCACCGUUAACACCACGCGACAAAAAACUGGCAGCACUAACCUCCCAAAACUCCCACCUCACCACGACCCUCGCCACCCUCCAGACUACCCUGACCACCUCGCGCGCGCAACUCCGUAACCCCGCCCUCAACGGCGAGGACACGGUGAAGCGGCACAUCCACCUGCUGCACGAGUAUAACGAGGUGAAGGAUGUUGCUAUGGGGCUUCUAAGCUUGGUCGCUGAGGCCAGGGGGGUGGCGGUCGGGGUUGUUAAAAAGGAACUGGGGGUGGGGGAUGGGGAUGACUGA